AUGGGGUUUUGUAUUAAAAUCCUCCUACUGCUUACCUUUGGCUGUGUAGCUACUUUAGCUACAGUUCAGAAGAUUUAUCUAGGAGCGGAAUCCCAGAGCCAAACGGCACAUGCCCCUGGGAGAUUUGUUCCACAGUACAGGCCUGCUCAAGAACCAGCCAGAUUUCAACCAAGGCCUGUGCAAAGGCCCGCUGAGGUCCAGACACCGACACAAGUUCAAGACCCUUUCCUCCAGUCAAAGCAGACGUUCAAUGAGCCUUUGACCUGGCGGUUUCCUGAAGAUCCAAUCAAAGAGGUGCAGCUGGCUAUUGUUGAGCAGAGACCGCCGCCUGUGCCUGUAAAUAGUGUGGCAGUUCAAUGUGGGGAGAAUUCUGCCCACGUUGAAGUCAAGCGAGAUCUGCUCGGUAUCGGCCAACUCAUUAACCCAGCGGAUCUCACCUUGGGAGGCUGUGUGGUCACCGGGGAGGAUGCUUCUGCUCAAGUGCUGAUCUUUGACACAGAGCUGCACGGAUGUGGCAGCACUCUGACGGUAACAUUGAGCUUUAGCACCGUUAUGAUUCUGUAAGGUUGACAACCAUUGAUUUUCUUACAAUGCCACUUGCUGCUCUGAUUCCAGAUGACUGAUGAUUCACUGGUCUACGUCUUCACACUCCGUUAUACACCAGCCACUCUGGGCAGCAGCCCCAUUGUUCGGACAAGAGAAGUGGUGGUCUGGGUUGAGUGCUACUACCAAAGGUGAGUUGACUAUACCUGUUUGUUUUUUUUGUCACCUCAAUCGACUUUGGAUGCACUUCCUUGGACUUUGGUUUCACGAAAUCGACUCCUUUACAGAAAGCAUGACGUGAGCAGCGGUGCAGUGAAGCCCACCUGGAAUCCCUAUGCCUCCACUAAGGUUGCAGAGGAGCUCCUGUACUUCUCCCUGAGGCUAAUGACUGGUGAGUAAGGGCUUGUCCUUGCCAUAGAUCUUGACAGGCACUGACUUAAGUGCUGUCUCUGCACUUGUUUGUAAACUGUGGGGGUGGGUCUUGCCAACUGGCAAAUGUAACCACCACUGAGUUAUUGGAAUGAGGUGGUGACCCCAGAAAACAAAAUGACAGCAGUUAUUUUUGCCGAUAUCCAACCCCACAGUUGACAAACUAGAGCAGGGGCAUUGUUUGAAAUGAGUAGUAGAUUAUGCCCUUUACUUGUCUUCACAGGUAACUGGCAGUUGGAGAGACCCAGCAACGAGUACAUUCUUGGAGAUAAUAUUAACUUUGAAGCUUCUGUCGUCCAGUUCUACCAUGUGCCCCUCCGAGUCUUUGUGGACCGCUGUGUAGCCACAGUCAUCCCAAACAUUAACACUGUCCCAAGAUAUGCCUUCAUCGAGAACCGUGGGUGAGUACUUUAUCAGGUUCAAGGACUGUAAUUGUUUGCUUUAAUCUGUUGCGGAAGUAAGGCAUUUCCCAUUCCCUCCACCUGCCCACACUUCAGCUCAACGUCCAUUUUGAAUGGCAUCCCUCCAGAGGUUCAGCAGUGUACAGUAGGUAGCCUAAUAUUUACCCAUUUGUGCCCUUCAGUUGUCUGGUCGACACCAAGCUGACAGGGUCCAGGUCCCAGUUCAUGCCUCGCACAAUGGAUGACAAUCUCCGGUUCCAGAUGGAAGCCUUUAGGUUUCAGGAUGUGAACACUGGCUCGGUGAGUAGUUAAUCCUGAGAUCUUAUGCAAAUGCUCUUGGGAUAUCCCAAUUAUAGAAUUGGCAGUUUUGAUGAGCUUCAAUCAAAAAUGAGGUGUGUUAUGCCCAAUAUGACUGGUGACGUACCCACAAUGACCGUUGCUUUGAAUGAGUGUCAAAUCUAAUAAUUAUGUGGUACCAAUGCUGAGACUUCAACAAAUGUCAUUUCAACAGCUGUACAUUACCUGCCUCCUGAAAGCCACAACAGCUUCAGCCCCUAUUGAUCAUGAGAACAAGGCCUGUUCCUUCUUGAAUGGGUAAGUCUGGGUGUAUAUAUGGAAGGGUGUGCACUUUUCUUUAAUUACACAUACUAUAUGCAACUCUGUUUUCCAUAGAUGGAGUGAGGCCAGUAGGAAAGACCAGGUGUGUGGCUGUUGUGACACAGACUGUGGCAUGAGAAGGGAACCGGGUCCAGGUACAUUUGCACUUCAGUCCAGUGUUUCUCAGUCAUUCCUGAUGACUGCCUGGAGUGUAUAUUUUUGUCCUACUCAAGUACCUACAGACGUCAUUCACCUAAGCCCUUGGCUGAAUUUGCUGUUAGUGCUGGGCUGAAACAAAUGUGCACCCACUGAAUAAUGUAUGUAAAUUGUAUUUUGGCUGUCUUUUUCGUUAUGUCGGACCCCAGUUAGACUAGCUGUCGCCAUUUGUGUCGGCUAAUGGGUCCUAAUAAAUCAAAACGUAGGAAUUGACUGAAACACCGCUUUAGUCAGGUGUCAUAUUUGAGUUCUCCUGUAUAGACAUGGUUUGAUUUGGUCUCUAAUAGUCUUCUGCUCUUCCUAGGUUUCCAGUGGGAGCAAGAAGUUUCUAUUGGUCCUCUCAACAUCAAGGAAAAGCUUCUUGACUGA